UUUGGUGCCUCUGGGAUAACGCUCGCUCGCUCGCUCGCUCCCCCGCUUCCUUCCCUUGCCUUCCCUCGCGGCAGGACGUUGCUCGUGUGCUCGCUCGGGGAGGCCGAUCCGGGGGCUCAACGAUGGUGAAGUUUCUGGUGAGUUCUCGCUGCGCCCUGGCUGCGUCGGUGCUGCUCCGUCCCCGCAUCGCAUCACGGUGAGGAAAAAAUGAGCGAAGAGACGGCGGCUUCUAACAACGAUAAUAGUUAUGCACGAGUGCGAGCUGUGGUGAUGACCCGGGAUGACUCAAGUGGUGGAUGGUUACCGCUUGGAGGGGGUGGACUAAGCUGUGUCACAGUCUUCAAAGUCAUUCACCAGGAAGAGAAUAGCUGUGCUGAUUUUCUUAUCCAUGGAGAACGACUCAGGGAUAAAACGGUGGUCUUGGAAUGCACAUUAAAGAAGGAUCUCGUUUACAACAAAGUUACUCCUACUUUUUACCACUGGAAGAUUGAUGACAAGAAGUUUGGCCUCACAUUUCAGAGUCCUGCUGAUGCAAGAGCAUUUGACAGGGGUAUUCGGAGAGCUGUAGAAGAUAUUUCUCAAGGUUACCCACCCUCCCAAAAUGAUGUUGAAGUGGCAGAAGACUGCUUUCAAGCUACUCAAGAAAAUACUUCGAGUUCAUUAAUGAAAGAUCACCUUUUCCAACAUGAAACUGUAGUAACCAGUGAACCUUACAACAGUUCAAAUUUAAGGCCUUCAACAUUUGAGGAUUUCAACUCAAGGAGAGCCUGUUUUCCUAGCCAACCUAAUCAGGUCCCAUUGAAGUCAAUCAGACAUGUUAGUUUUCAGGAUGAAGAUGAAAUUGUUAGAAUAAACCCUCGUGAUAUUUUGAUACGUCGUUAUGCAGACUACAGGCAUCCUGACAUGUGGAAGAAUGACCUGGAGAGGGAUGAUGCAGACUCAAAUAUACCAUUUUCUAAAUCAGACAAUAAAAAAUCUGACUAUUUAUACCCAUGUGGGGAUGGAACUAAGCUGAAUUCCCUGAAAGACUCAAAGGGUUCUGUGGUAUUUAAAACUCAGCCUUCCUCAUCAAAAUUUAAAAACUCAAAAAGAAGAAAAGAGGAUGGUGAGCGUUCCCGCUGUAUAUACUGCCAGGAAAGGUUUAAUCAUGAAGAUAAUGGCAGAGGAAAAUGUCAAGAUGCUCCGGAUCCUAUUAAAAGAUGUAUCUACCAAGUUAGUUGCAUGCUUUGUGCAGAGAGCAUGCUGUAUCACUGCAUGUCAGACUCUGAAGGAGAUUUUUCUGAUCCUUGCUCCUGUGACACUAGUGAUGACAAGUUCUGCUUACGCUGGUUAGCACUGGUAGCACUGUCAUUCAUUGCUCCAUGUAUGUGCUGCUACCUCCCCUUGAGAGCAUGCCAUCACUGUGGUGAGGUAUGUGGGUGCUGUGGAGGAAAGCAUAAAGCUGCGGGAUGAAUCAGUCUUGGGCCAAACAGAGCUGAAAAUCUUUGUUUCCAGGAAGCAUCUAACUUGGAUUUGUGAAAGCUUUUUUGGCAAGCUGAAGGGAAUCGUCUCUCAUGUAAGAGAUGCUUGAUGUGGAAGAAGCAACAAGACUUGUCAGACCUUGGCAUUUUACAAGUGCUAGCCAUGCCUAACUAUUUCCUUUAAGUGCAUGGCGUUUGUUGCAGGUUGGGAAGGAGUUUUUGCAAAGAAAGCCUAUUCUUAUUAUUGGCUAUAAAAUGAGUAUAUGAAUUACGAUUAUACUAAAAGGGAUUAACUUUUGCCACUUUGUACAUUCAUGGUUUAGGUGAAGGGGCUCUUUUAAGAAGGAUUAAAACUUAUCUGAGGGGAAAUGUUAACUAAAAGUGCACUAGCGGCAGUUGAUUUAAGAUUAAGAAAAGUUAAUACUUGGCAAAUGAGAAAUGAAACUGAUUUUAAGUGCAACUAAAUCACUUAUUAAUAGUUUUUUGGAAGCAACUUUAUGUAUAAAUAACAAAUGUUUAUAUUUAACUAAAUGUGUAAGGUACGAAUUAUUACAUGUUAAACUUUCCUUCCCUCUGUUGUAGUAGGUAUGGACCAUAUCUACUGUCACAUUCCAUGAUAGUAUUUUAAAUAUUUAAUUAGUUUUUAGUUGCAUUUUUAUUCCGGGUGGACAAAUUGAUAUUUUCAGUCCCGUUUCCCUUCAGCUACAGUUUGUGUUGAGUUGUAUCCAUACAUUCUGAUAAUCUAAAAACCUUUAAAAUAUUAAUUAUUCUAGUCCUGAGUGACCAAUAUUUUUUUUGUUAAGCACAGAUGUAAUUGUCUAAAAUGUUCUUGUUAGAACAUAACAUUUAUUUUUAUAUAUAAAUGACUUUGAUUUAAACCUAAUAGCAAAAAGGAAGUUGUUUCUGUUGCUCAACCAGCAAGUUGUUUUCUUUUGGGGUGUCCUCCAAAAAUACUUUAUUACAUAUACAAAUGUUCAUUAAGCAAAAGGUACAUUAAGGCAGUUGUAACAAGUUGUCAUCAGUGUUCUUGUUUAUCCUUCUGUUAAACUAGGAUCCUGUUCAGCUGUUUAUCAAGUACUAUGAUUAAAAUGAAAGAUUAAUAACAAAAGUGAAAUUGUUUUCAUUAUUUUGAACUGCAACCUUUUCUUAUUUGAAUGGGCAAGAACAAAAUUACUGUGGGAUUAUCUUUUUAGUUUGAAAGCAACAGCAAAAGACUUAGCUUGAGAAAUAAAUUACAGCUCAGGCCAAACUGGAGUGAACUUCCUCACUGAGUGAAUUUGGAGGGAGGUUGGGGGGGGAGAGAGAGAGAGUGAACGUGCGCGUCUGUCUGCGUGUGUGUGGUAUGUUCUAUUGUGUAUUUGGUAUAACUUUGCAUUUACUAAAUGUUUAAUUUUCAGAUAAGAAUUAACAGAUUAAUCCCUAGCGAAUUUUUUUAAAACGUUAUAUGCUUUGCUAUUUCAUGAAGUAAGAAACAUUUACUUCUCGUUAAAGAUAUAGACAACUCUUAAUAUAGAUAGCAAUUCAUUCAUUAAGGAAAGUGCCUAUUUGGUAUCCUGGCUGGAGUGGGACAGAUUGUUCUCACUAUACCCUUGUUAUUAAACAAACAAAAAAACUAAUUGAUUUUAAAAGAUGCACAUGACUUUUCUCAUUUCCUAUGCAUUUUUUCAGUAUAUUUUGUGUAAUUUUUCUUUCUGCAUGUAUCAACGCCUUUAACUCUUCUCUGUAGUCCAGGAGUAAAAUGAGCAAAUGUAUAUAACAUCUGUCUGUAAAAUACUUUUUAAAAGAAAACAUUUAUAUUUAUAUUACAGCUUGAAUUGACCACAUUGUGUACAUAGAUCAUCUCAAAGUAUUAUUUCACAUUGAAAAGAAGACAAAUAUAUUGAUAACUGUAGAAGUUACGAAAGAGCUUCUAGUUUUGUACUAAAAGUUAAUUGAAUGAAUUAAGUCCAAGAAUAUGACGCUGUAGCAGCAGUCUUGGUUUUUACCAUUUAUAUAUUUGCAAGCUGCUACUCUGGUUGAUUUUCGUGCUUCACACAUUUUCAGCUAAACUUAGUUGCCUAGAAUAGACUGUUAACUUUAAAAACAACUUCGGUGAAAUGGGAAUGUUUUUUUCUUGUGAAUGAAAGAAUUUUAAUAUUUGUAAGUGCUAGGUUCAUAAUUCAAGAUGAAGAUAGAUGUGAACAACCUAAGAAAAGAACUUGCUGGCUGUAUAGGAAAAUGCUGUAGAAUCAUAUUGUUUGUAUAUACUUCAGAAAGAAAUGAGUUUAACAAUUUCCUCAGAGCACUAUACAAAAUAGUGAAACUCCUGGUCCUGUACUGUAUUUUAUAUGCAAUAUAUAUGCUUUAAUAUUUUUAUUGAAUGUGUGCAUUAAUAUUUUCAAUCUGCAUUUAACCACUUUGCUGCUAAAAUGUUGUCUUUAUCUUUUGUGUUACUCUCUAAAGACUUGAUCUGUCUAAAAAUGUUAAUGAAAUGACAUAUGCUCCCUUUUUCUUCUUGUGAAGGGACUUUCAGUCUGCAUGCCCAAUUUGAGUUUAGCUAAAGAACUGCAAUGAUACAUAGUUACAUAAGGGUUGUUUAGUAGGAUGCACACAUACUCUGUUUUUUAGGAAUCUUACCUGCUUUUGCAGUUAUGAGGUGAGUAAUGAAAAAUGGACAUAAAGCAACGCUGUAGUAGAACUGGCUCGUACAUGCUUGCAUCUUCUGUUUUUAAAAGCAAGCAAAAUUUAUUCUCUGUCUCUUCCGAAAUACUGUCUUAAGCAUUAGGAAGGAAGAAGAGAAAUACCUUCUCGGAUUCCUCCCCCUCUCACCAAAUGUCAGAACUGCAGUUUUUCAGGCAUGUAGUAGCAGAGCUUUGUGUUGCUCGAAGGGGAGACCCAAGCUUUGGGAAACCGUCGCUGAAUGUUAAUUCCCUAGUUUAUUGAAAGCCACAGUUACCAUGAAAAUUAAGUAUUUCCCCUUGAAAGGAAGUGAGGGAAGUAGAUCAGUGGUAGUGCUCGUGCACCAUCUACUGGAGAGAAAAAAACACUCAGGCUUCACUCAGGCAUAGUCUUGGAUUACACAGUAAUUUAUUUAACAGGCUAAAGGUGCGGUAGCACUUAAGCUACAAAAAUAUAUUAGCUAUGAAUUUACCAAAAGUAAUUCAGACUUUUACAGUGACUCUUUAUUAUACCUCUUAAAUGUUCAUGUUAAUUGAAAGUAAAAAUGUUUUACUCAUAGGCUUUGUUAGGCUUAAAACUGUACAAUGGCCUAUUACACAAAAGUAUAGAAAAUCAGAAAUGAAAAGUCUUUUGAGUAUGUCACUGGACUUAUAAGAAAUAUUUUUCUCUUAAAGUUCUUUCCAAUAGCAAAAGAGUGAAGUAUUGAUACUUGCGCAGAAGGACUCUAGCUUUUUGGUGUGUGAUACAGCUCCAAUUUGAAUGUGCACAGGUGUGUGUGUGUGUGUGCACCUGCACAUGCAGUCUGGCCAUUGUGAAGGGGUAUGGCUGCAGCUGCGUGCAAGAGUAAAGCAAUAUUCUGACAGUAACCUACAGUUACCAUAGUAACUGUUUAAUAAGCAGCAGUAAAUAAUGGCAUAAAACUCAAAUUCCUUUCCAGAGCUCAUGUGAGGGAUGUUCCAAACAGGCUUAACUGAUGCAAUUUCCUUGUAAGCGAACAAAGGUGCUCUGAAGAAAGUCUUCAUUUUGCAUGUUGGAAUAUACCAUUGUCAUUUCAGAUGUGUUCUCUUGGAUGAUCUGUCCAUGUGUGCCUGGAGGAUAAUGUUGAACUCCCAUGUAAAUAACGCAUAGUUUUUAAAUCAGACUGUAAAUUUUUCCAGAGCUAAUGGCACUGUACAUGGCCAGUACAGUGAGACAUUGGUAUUAAUAACAUGAAGAUCAAGGCAGAGGUGGGCAGCAAAAUAAUAAUUUUUAAAACAUGCCUUAUGGUACUCUGUUAGUCCAGCAGCUGAGUGGUUAAAACUUCAAUUUCCUUUGGUGCACUAAUAAAUAUAAGCUUUUUUUUUUCCUUCCCCUGAAAGCUUCCUUUCCUUAAUUGCAAAAGUUGUGGUUAGUUUAAGAAGUCAAAGCAUUCCGUGAAGAAGCCGCCUUUGUGUUUGAAGUUGCAGUAUAAUCUGUACAUAAUUUUUCUUCUUUUGCUUGGUGUCAUUUGCUUUCCACCCUAACGACCUCAAAGUGCCUCACGUGUAUAUUGUUUCCAUUAAAACCUCUACUGCUAUUUCUUUCUACUAAAUGAUGUAUAAUUUAGUUAACUCAUCCCAUAGAUGUUUCCUUUAUGUAUAAGAAUAUAGCUUGUUACUUUGAGUAUAUAAUGUAAAUAUGCCUCUACGUUUGUAACUGGUUUAUUACAUCAUAUCCUUGUAAGUUGACAUAGAAGAUAAUACCAUUUAAAAAAAAACAAACAAACUUGUUUCAAUGUUUUUUCCUGUAAUUACCUGAUUAAA